CGACUCUCUCCCACACCCACACCGAAAGCAACCAUCCAACCAGCUCUAAUGUCAACCUCAUUCCCCUUGUUCCGCAAGGCCAUUGAGCCUGGAACUAUUAUCGACCUUGAUAAACCCUCUCCUUCCCGCUGGAAGAUUCUUGAGAAGCUGAAUGAGUAUGAUGGUCAGGUCACCGUGGAGCAAGACAAGAUAUAUGGUUCCAGUUCUUUCGCCUCCGCUAGACUCCUUUGCUAUAACCCUCAACGACGUGCAACGAAAACCUUCAUGCGAGUCUACAUUCAAGUUCCCCAUCGAUCAACUGAAAUAGAUAAUGUGGACACUAGAGGCCAACAAGCUAUAUCAUGGGACCCUCCAGAACUAGCCUCCCUUCUCGAUCUAACUGAAAUGGGCUCAAAUAUCACUCCAAAGCUUCUCGGAUACAAGAUCGGUACCCAGGAUCGCUUAGGGCUAGUUCCGGGUGGUUUUAUCAUAUGGCUUGUUUGGGAAAUUGUUCCGGGGCUACGUCUUGGCGAUCGUGAUGGCGCUGGUCUAUUUUGGGGUCUUACACGAGACGAAAGAGAGCAUGUUCGUGUAGUCUUUACUACCGCUCUUAACAAGCUUAUGAACUACGGAUGGUACCCUUACGAGCCUAUGGUAAGAAGUCUAGUUUGGCACCGGGAGACUCAAACACUCUACUUCAUCGGUCGCUUCAACAAGACUAUGGAGGCUCAAGGUUUAGGUAAACCUAAACAGGUUGAGCCUGCCCAGGUGGUGGCAACUUUUGGGCUUGCUAUGCUGGACCCUCCAGUUAGAUGGGAACAACAUAACUGGGAUAAAGAUACUUCACGCUGGAAAUGGUAA